AUGACCAAGCGCCGCGCUCCGGCCUCCCACACGCCCAUACAGCUCGAUACGACGCUGCCUGCAGAUCUAUUGACUACCCGAAAUGUCUCUAGCACCUUCCAGGUUCCUACUGACUCUUCGGUCGGGACAGCAAUCUCUCUUGCUCCUGUGGAUCCGAGCCCCGCUGCGAGUUCGAGGCUUACAGCCGGUUCUACCGCAUCGAAACGGAACAUGCUAUUCCAAGAGGACCUGGGCCAACACGAGACGACUCGCUUCUCUGCUGUCUUUGUUGAAAACCAAGAUAGCUUUGGCGCAGUGAUGCCUGAUACUGCAGACUCCACUCACCACGAGCCAGGUCGAGAGCCCGACGUAACGGCCAGGUCUCGCGUCGAACUGGCUGUUAGAACACUGCUCAACUUUCCAACUGCUCGUACAUUUGACAUACUGAUGACAGAAAUCCACCAUGUCUAUGAUGUAUGGCUGUCCCCCACCAUGAUCCAGCAAUGCCUGAAACAAGUAUGGACCGAAUACCCUAGUGAGCUAGGCGAGCUACGGACACGCGAAUCAGCAUUGAGAGUGGCGAAUGAUUUGUUUCUCAACCAAAAACGACCUCGCUCGAUACCUGACUGCAAUAUGGUCAGCAAUUCCGACCAUGUUUCCUGGUUGAACUGGUUUGGUGGACCCAAUCUCCGAUGGGAAAUGAUCGGAUUCCUUUUCAGUUGGGCCGGAAUCGCAUUCAGAUGUAAACAAGAAUGGGACCCUGUAUUUGAUCUGCCUGAGCAGCACGGACGGGAUCGCACCACUGCCGCAGACAGGAUGAGAGAGUGUGCUGCUGCCUGUAUAAGGCUGUGCGAAGGAAACUUUGAAAUCAGUGAUAUUAUGGUUAUUUGCAUGAAGGAUAGCACUAGACUACAAAGCAUACUAAUCAGUGACGAAAGUGACCGUUUACGAGUCGACUACGGGACUGUCCGCAGUGCGUUUAUAAGUGCAGGAAUGCACCGAUUCACCCCUACGCGGGAAGUGACGCCGUUUUCUCAACACCGAGCAUCACUCGCUUCGUCUAUGUAUUACUAUGACAAAUCUCAUAGUUUGUUCAAUGCCCGACCACCGAUGCUCAGUAAUCGCUACUGCCAGUGCCCUCUGCCACUCGAUUUAUGCGAGGAAGAUGUGUAUGGGGGCCAAGAAAGACUAACUGCGGCUAUUGCAAAACUUGACUCGAAUGGCUGGAACACAGGUGGCCACAUAUUCACUACAACCUGGCUUCGAGCACUAGCCAUGCUUAGUCCUAUCCGGGAGGGAAUUUUGGAACUGACUCUAAGCGUCAAUUCGACAUUCACCAAAUCCCAAGUAGAAGAUUUAAAAGCUCAGUUGUGGAUGAUAGUCGCUUCAUAUCCUCCGCACAUUCGAUACCAGGGGAAUUCUGAAUGGCCUCUGAAGUCAACCUCACGAUCCCAUGAACGCAGCGCUCAUGAAGUCUACAUUACCACGCGCAUACAGCUUGAUGUAUUGCAAUGUCACUUUCUCCUCCAGCGCCUACUUGUAUCGCGGCAAUUCAGUGGUGGGCAAGAUUUGUUCAAUAUCGCUCAAGAGACCAUGUCCGUUAUCCUGUCUCUCUGGCUUAAUCGCGAUCGGCUACAGGAAUUCCACCAUGCAUUUGACUGGAUUGCCGUAUCAUACGGAAUGCCCUGUGCGGGAAUUUUAUGCGUCGAACUUCUACGAGCAAGUAAGCUCGUACCGCCUGCGCCAUCCUGCAAGCUUCCAUCCACGGCCGCUCGCGACUGUGUUAGUCUCGCGCGGUCGGAAGUCAUCCAGAGUCUGAUUAUGUUCAAAGCAUUACUGGACUGGAUACGGCCAACGGAUAACAAUGCGCAGCUUAGCAAAAAAUUCAAAACGGUCCUCCAAAGAAUCAUUGACGCCGUGUUUGAUUCUUUCCAGUCGUCGUGUAGCGUUAACACGCAAGAGAUGCUAGGUGAACAUCAGUCCCAUAGGGAUUGUGGCUCGCAAGAUCGGCAGUCCUCAGAGGAACGUCUACCUGCGACUGGCAGGGAGCAUGAUAUUGGCCCUGGGAUAAACACAUUCAACGAUAUGGAUUGGCUGAACACCCUUGAUUGGACUCAGGGUGCGAAAGCUCUCCGAGACCAAACAACAGCAAUCGAUCUCACUUCGCUUACUAUGUCUCCAAACGCCACACUCGAUACAUCCCGACAGCCUAUCAAAAAUGCAACUGUGCCGUUUUGGCAUCGAGAUAUUCACGAAUUACACGAUCAUCGGACCACAGAGGAACUUCCAGUGUCGAGUGAUAUUGUUAUUAUAGGCGCUGGAUAUGCAGGAGUCAGCACGGCGUACCAUUUGGUCAAAGGGGAGGCCAGCGAUGAAAAAUCCUCCAUCACAAUCCUGGAAGCACGGGGUGUUUGCUCGGGCGCGACAGGACGCAAUGGUGGCCAUCUAAGGCCUGAUAUGUACACCCCCAUGACCAGAGCCAUCGACCGAGGGGGAAUUGAGCGCGCGUUGGAAGUGAUUGAGUUUGAAAUCGCACAUAUACAGGCCAUAAAAUCCUUGGUUGAAAAAGAGAAAAUCGAUUGUGACUUCACUCUCACAAGGUCUAUUGAUGUAUGGUCCAACGAAGAAGCUGCCCAAAAGGCCAAGAAGCUGUAUGACACCUUGGUAUCCCGUGAUCUGGAGUACAUGAAGGAUGUCUUCUUUGUACUUGGCAAGGACGCGGAGGGUAUCUCGGGCGUCAAAGGUGCGAAAGCAUGCGCUUCCUUCACGGCAGGAACUCUGUGGCCGUACAAACUUAUUCUCCAUCUGACUGCCUCAAUUCUUGACACUGGGAGGGUCAACCUCCAGACGCACACUCCAGUGACGUCCGUCAGACAGCAGCCUUCGGGCGACUUUAUUGUUACAACGCCGCGAGGCACGACACUCGCCAGGAAGGUUGUGUACGCAAACAAUGCCUAUAUCUCGGGCCUUCUUCCACAGUACCGCGAAGCCAUCGUUCCCUGCAAAGGACUGUGUACUCAUAUUGCGGUCCCUGGGGACACAAAAGCUCCUCUGCUGAACAACUCCUACAUAGUCCGUGAAGAGGACAAUGUUGUUUCGUACCUCAUCCCUCGUGCCGACGGUAGCAUUGUUGUCGGUGGAGCCAACUCGCGAUAUCAUUCUGCUUUGAGCUCAUGGUAUGACACCGUGGACGAUUCAACUUUCAUUGAAGAAGUCAAAGACCAUUACAAUGGUUAUAUGCAGCGAUUCUUCAAUGGCUGGGAAAAUAGCAGAGCACAAGUGGAGAAAGUCUGGACCGGUAUCAUGGGGUAUAGUUGGGAUUCUCAACCCCAUGUUGGCCCCGUCCCUGGAGAGAACGGCCAGUAUGUACUCGCGGGGUUCAAUGGUCAUGGGAUGCCUCUAGCAUUCUUGUCUGCGCUCGGAGUCGCCAAAAUGGUCCAGAAUGGGAUCGAGUUUGCAGACGCUGGUAUCCCGCGAUUGUUUCAAUCAACGGAGGAGAGACUCGAAAAGAUAAGAAACGGGCCUCCAGGUGGUGAUAUAAUUGGCGUUAGAAGAUGA